AAUUGGAUAAAAAAUAAAAUAACCACGUGUCAUGGGAAGAUGAAGUGUGCAAAAAUAUUGCAUGAAGAAGUGCUUAUUUGUAGCUGAAAGACUGUAUCCAAAAUGGUAGUCAAGCGGCCAACCUCGCCACCUCCUCCCAGCGGUGCAUUUUCAAACCCCAUUCCUUUUUCAAUCUCCCUAUAUUAUAAUAUGAUAUAUAUUCAGGCUUUUGUAAUCUUUCCUACUUGUAGUUUUUCACGAAAAUAAAAAGUGAUCCCGUCGGUGAAACAGAGUUAAUCUCAGAGUUGAAAAAAUGCAAGAUGAAUGAAAUAGGUAAUCGUUAUUCAGCUUCCACGUGCAAUGAAAUGAAGAAACAAGAUUAUCCAAAGAAUCUUCAAAGUCGAAAUGAUGCAGUAGGAGGUGAUCUUUGGACAGAUGGACUUAUUUGUGCUUUUGAAUAUGUUAAAGGCCAAGGUAAAACAGGUCAGCCAAAAUCAGGUGCAAAGGUCUUGUCUGCACAAUAUAGUUUGAAAGAAGCUUCUAGAAGACGGAUCUAUGCUAAUGAACCUGAAAAUGUUAAUUCUAACAAUUUAGCUAAAUCUCCACCCUUGAAAGACUCCGCAGUCACAGUUAAAGAUGCAUCAUAUGUAACCCGGGAUCUCAAUCCAGGGGAAGAGUUCCCAAGGGCGUAUUGGGAACCAAUUGGUUGGGACAGAGUUUAUCAACUAGUCCAGAUGCUACAAGCUGAUGAUGGAUGGGGCUCCCAGCCUAUUGAGCUCACAGAGAAUGAAGAUGAAGUGACUGUUACAGAUUUAGCAGCACCUUAUUGGGAAAGGCCAGUUGGUCCAACUUGGUGGUGUCAUGUUGCGGCAGAUCACCCAUCUAUAAAUGCAUGGCUAAGUACUGCUCAGUGGUUGCAUCCUGCUAUCAGUGUUGCUUUGCGAGACGAAAGUACACUGAUAAGUGAGCGUAUGAAGCACCUAUUUUAUGAGGUUCCUGUCAUAGUUGCUGGUGGACUGUUAUUUGAGCUGUUGGGACAAUCAGCUGGUGAUCCUUUAGCUGAAGAAGAUGACAUUCCCAUUGUUCUAAGAUCAUGGCAUGCACAAAACUUUCUGAUAACAGCAUUGCAUAUCAAAGGGUCUGCAUCAAACAUUAAUGUCUUAGGUAUUGCAGAAGUUCAGGAAAUGCUUAUUGCCGGAGCCACUAAUAUUCCAAGAACUAUCCAUGAGGUUAUAGCACAUCUCACUUGUCGCCUUGCAAGAUGGGAUGACAGGUUGUUUCGGAAAUCAAUCUUUGGUGAAGCAGAUGAAGUUGAGUUGAAGUUUAUGAACAGGAGGAACCACGAGGAUCUGCAUCUUUUUACAAUAAUUCUGAAUCAAGAAAUCAGGAGGUUGUCAACACAGGUCAUAAGAGUCAAAUGGUCUCUCCAUGCAAGAGAGGAGAUUGUGUUUGAGCUUCUUCAACAUUUGAGAGGGAAUGCAGCAAGGUCCUUACUCCAUGGGGUAAGAAAGAGUACAAGAGAAAUGAUUUCAGAGCAAGAGGCAGUGCGCGGUCGCCUAUUUACAAUUCAAGAUGUUAUGCAAAGUACAGUUCGCGCAUGGUUGCAGGACAGAAGUCUCACUGUUACACAUAAUUUAGGAAUAUUUGGUGGCUGUGGCCUUAUUCUUUCCAUCAUUACUGGACUUUUCGGGAUAAAUGUGGAUGGAAUACCCGGAAACGACGACAGUUCCCCCCAUGCAUUUCUUUUAUUUUCUUGUAUCCUUGUCUUCCUAGGAGUAGUUUUAAUUUCCAGUGGAUUGCUUUAUCUUGGGCUGAAGAAACCAAUUAUUGAUGAGGAUGUUGAGGUGAGAAAAUUAGAGCUGGAUGAGCUGGUUCGGAUGUUUCAAAAGGAGGCAGAGUCUCAUGCGCAGGUCCGUAAGAGCGUUGCUCGAGCUAUUAAGCCACCUACAACCGCAAGUAUACUUCCUUCUGGUGAAGGUUAUGUCCUCAUUGGUUAAAUGAUGCCUCAAAAAUGAAUUGCCUAGUGCACAUGGAAUAAAGCGUUAAAUCAAGAAACUGCUUUUGAUUGCGGCUUUUGAACUGGAAUGACAUUGGACACUGACAGUGUGAGAGUUGGCUUGCAAAACAAUCAAUUCUUAUCCGGCUUUGCUUGUGGAUUUGGGCUGACUAAUGAAUAUUUUUUGUAAUCUAUUUACCUAUGUCUAAAAGUGAAGCUUUUUUGUUUUCAAACGUCAUGGAGUACUUGAUGCAAUCUCUAUCUAAUAUAUAUAUAUUGUAUAGGUGGAAGCAUUCUGUUCUUUGAUUCAUAAGUGGCAGUUUGAGUUGGAAGACAUUUCACUUAUUGAUUGAUUUGUCUAAUUGUCACAUAAAUUGUGGAAAUAUACUUACGAAAUACUAGUGGAAUGCUUAUGGAA